AGGCGCCAGUAUGAACAAAUAAAACAUUGAUGUGAAAAUGUAUCUACUGUUAGUUUAUUGUUUGGUUGUUUCAGAAGUUUUUUCAGAAACGUUAAGGGAUUAUAAAAAUUACAAACACUACGAGGUGCAAGGCUCCCGGGAGGGACUCGAACAUUUAAAAAAUCUCCUUUUGCAAAGAGAUGAAUCAUUGAUACAUUCGGAUUCAAAAAACUCGUCCGAGAUAAUUUUAUCUCCGCAUUUAGCGUCUGUUUUAGAAUCGAUCGUCACAGAGGAGAGUUUAAAAGCCAAACUUUUACAUAGCGACGUUUCGGAAAUAAUUCAGUCGGAAAAAGUGCCACACCGUCGUUUUAAUAAAUUCUCGUGGGAUGCGUACUAUGACGUCAACGACAUUCACAAAUAUGUCUACGAUGUAAGCAAAUCGUUCAGUGAAUGGACAGAAAUAAUAGAGGCCGGUGAAAGUUAUGAGGGCCGAAAAAUAUUGGGGCUGCGUAUAAAUACCCGUUACGAGACGGAACAGCGGGAGACUGGGAAGCCCGUGUUUUUUAUUGAAUCUGGCAUCCACGCGAGGGAAUGGAUCGGGCCGGCAGUGACGACCUACUUCAUCAAUCAACUGCUUACGAGUCGCGAUCCCAAUGUAACAAGACUGAGGGAUCAGUUCGAUUGGCGCAUCUUCCCCACCGUUAAUCCUGAUGGAUAUCAUUACAGCUACACCGUCGAUAGAUACUGGAGAAAAACACGGUCUCGCUCCCUAAACGGGUGUCGAGGUGCUGAUCCCAACCGCAACUGGGAUUAUAACUGGGGACAAUACUCCUCGUCAACAAAUCCCUGCGACUAUCAGCUGUAUGCCGGUUCCCGCCCAUUUUCUGAAGUCGAAACACGAUCAUUGUCUAAAUACAUUUCAACCAUAGACAACCUAUUGUUUUACGUGGCCUUCCACUCUUACGCAUCUCUUCUGUUAGUGCCAUAUUCAGACUCUUUGGAGCACGUUGACAAUUAUGAUGAAUUGGUUCAGAUAGGCAAAAAAUCUAUUGAAUACGGCAGCAGAAUGAAUAGCGAUUUGUACGAUGGGCCUGACACAGCAGCGGCCACUCUCUAUAAAACCUCCGGAGGCAGUAUGGAUUGGGUGCGUCACGCGCUUCACACCAGGUUAGUGUACACCUACGAACUUCGAGGGUCCUCCUUCCAUUGGCCUGCAGAAAGGAUCAGCGAGCAAGGAGACGAAGUGACCCUGAUGAUGAUGGGGCUGGCUGAUGGCGCUCAGGAACUGGGGUACUUUUAGACCAAUGAAAUUGUGUUAAAAACUUAAUAUAGACUUUAAAAUA